AAAAUCAAUCGAACCGACGAUCUAGCACCAAUGAACCAAAUUCACCAAAUCAAUCGACGACCAAACGUCACCUGCGCCGUUCUAACCGUCUUGAGCACCUACCAGAGCAAAAGUUGAUGUGUAAAUAAAAAAUUGUGGGAUACCUCGCGAACAGCAUUCAUUACUUCGAUCUUGUACACUCCAAACCUGUAUCUGACCAACUGAAACCUACUCUGGCGGUUGUGUUAAAGUGGUACGGUAAAAUGCCGAAGACUUGAACUCUGGCGUCCGCGCUAAGAUUUGAAUAUUGUGAAACCGUGAGAAAAGGUGGAAUUUCGGGUUAUUGGCCGUUUUUGGACUUUGUGUUGAGAUUUGGACGGUUUGCCAUCUGGUGAUUUUUCGGAAACUGAGAAAACACAAUGGCGCAAUCACUAUACUCCAGGCGCACCCUCUGCCUUCUUUUAGCAGUUGUCAAACUGAAUAUGGCACAACAGAAUCCAUUCUAUGGAAGCCAAACCCCGCCUCCUUACAACGACCAAAAUCCAGACACUCGUCGUCCAAACGAUCAGAACAACAGCAACAACUACGACUCUAACAAUCGUUACGACCCCAACAACCGAUACAACUCGGACCCUAACAACAGAUACGACCCAAACAAUCGUUAUAAUUCUGACCCCAACAACAGGUACGAUCAGAAUAACAGGUACGAUGCCAGUAACAGAUACAACGAUCCUUACAACAGAAACAAUGACUCGAAUUAUAGGAAUAACGAUCAAUACUACCGAUACAAUGAUUCGAACAGGUACAAUGACCCACAGAACAGAUACAAUCAGUCAGGAAAUCGUUACAACGAUCCCAACAACAGAUAUAAUGAUCCCUACAACAGAAACAAUGAACCUGGGGGCAGGUAUAAUGACCCCAAUAACAGAUACAAUGAAUCUGGUGGCAGAUAUAAUGACCCCAAUAAUAGAUACAAUGAAUCUGGUAACAGGUAUAAUGAUCCUUACAACAGAUACAAUGAGUCUGGUAACAGAUACAACGAUCCCUACAACAGGCAUAAUGACCCAAACAGCAGAUAUAACCAAGACCAAUAUAACAGAUACAACACAACAAAUAACUACAAUCUUGGAUCUGAUUUGAAUCCGAACUAUAAUAGAAAUAACAAUCAAGAUCCUUACAACAGAUACAACGUUUCAGGUGGAGGAAAUUAUAAUCAAGAGAGUAUCAGAUACAAUCAAUACGAUCCAAAUAAUAGAUACAAUCAGCAAAACCAGUAUAAUAACCAAAAUAGAAAUAACAACCCUUUCAAUCAAGGCCGGCCUGAUUAUGGACAGUAUAAUGAUCAACAAGGUAGACAAUAUGAUUCUACGUCAUCUGGACAACAAUUUGGAUAUCAAGCUGAUCCUAAUGACAAUUGCUGUGAAGAGUAUUGUUACAGGGUGGAUGAAAAUCCAUUUUUGCACUUUGGGAGCAAAACUGCGUACCAAAUUGUGUAUGGAAGGAAACCAAAUCAAGAUGUUCCAGAAUGCACUCCAGUACUCAUAUGGAGUAUCAACAGACAAGGUACCAGUGCACCAACUCAACAAGAAAUUCGUAGACUAAGGAGUUUAGAAAAUAUAAGAAUGGAAAUACUAAGGAAUUAUGAUGAAAGAAGAUCAUAUCCGUACAAAGGAAAAUUGUGUAAUCAGGAUUUGGAUCUUCUUAGGAGAUGGAGAUGGAAUGAUACCAUCAACGAAAAUCGUGAAAAAGUCCUUACCUCACAAGGAAUCGAAGAUGCAAAGUUCUUAGCCAGGAGAUUUAAGAGCAAAUAUCCGAGUUUGCUGAAUCAAAUAUACAAGGACAAUUACUACAACUUCCAGUAUGACACGAGUAAUUACAGGACUCAUGAUACUUACCAAGCGUAUAUUGAAGGACUUUUUGACUUGAGCAAAUCUUUCAAUGUGAGAGCAAAUACAGAACUCAGUGAAAGGGUUUUGCCUCCAAACCAAUGUAAAACACUAAUGAGGGAAGUUGAAGACAAUAGUUAUACCUUCAGCGAAUACGAAAGGUUCAAGAAGAGGCCAGACUACCUUCAAAUUGUCAGAGAUGUUUUCAAGAAGCUUGGUUUUCGUUAUACUGGUGGUGAUGAUGUUAUCAGGAAUAUGUAUGAUAUGUGCCGAUACGAGAAAGCAUGGUUUUUGGCUGAUCCAUCACCAUGGUGCUCAGUUUUCACCAAAAAGCAAUUGGAACUGUUAGAAUAUGCUGAAGAUCUUCAAGAUUAUUAUUAUAGUGGAUACGGAAGCCCAGCAAAUGCUAAAGUGGGUUGUCUACUUGUCAAGGACAUGUUUGGAAUGAUGAGAAAAGUUGUGAAUGGUGAACCAGCUGAUGCCUACAAAGUUUCACAUUACUUCACCCACUCCACACAAUUCUUAAGAUUUUUGACUGCGCUAGGAAUAGCCAAGGAUUACACUCCACUAACUGCAGACAAUUAUUACCAACAGAAGAGUCGACAAUGGAAACUUUCCCAAAUCGAUCCAUUCGGUGCAAAUCUAGUGGCAGUUCUCUAUCAUUGUCAACGAGAAAACAAAUACAAAGUGAUGUUCUUGCUGAACGAGGUGCCAGUCAACUUCCCAGAGUGCUCAGUUGGUCUUUGCGAUUGGAGUACCGUAGAGCAAAAAUACAGAUCAGUAGUAGAAAACUGCAACUCAGAUUACUGUGAACAUGGUGCUGCAGGAAAGAUUUCAGCAGCUUUCGUACCACUUUUGAUUUCGACGAUGUCAUUGCUUUUCUUGUCUAGAAGACUGUUUUAGAAAGGAGAAAAUAGAUAAGAACUACUGUAUAAUAAAGAUCUCAGUCAGAGAAGAAAAGUUUUCAUAUCGAGAUUUAUUACAUAAAGAAAUCUCAGUAUUGAGAUAUCAGUGUUAAUUUUAUGGUAUAGUGCCAUGUGUUUCUCUGAAGAACAUUUUUAACAUUUUAUCACUACCAUUGAAUCUCUGUAGAUUUCUCAAAUUUGAGAAUAUCAUUUGGGGUUUCAUAGUUAGCAUGGAACCCAUCAAUCAUAUUGAUAUAUCGAGUAUCGAUGUUUUUAUUACUAUUUUAAAUUGGAAAAUAUUUAUCAGAUAUAUGUAUUAAAUUGAAUAUUCCCUAUUUUGGUGUUAAAUUAAUAAGUUUGUAUUAGAUCCUAAUCAACCUUCAUGUACAAAUGAAAUAUUUAGGCAUGUGUUAUAUUAAAGUAGCUUUUACGACUGUU